AUGAAAAACAAAUCACUGAACCCCAUCUGGCACAACUGUUCUUCUUCUUCACUUAAACAUCUGUUUUCUUUUUUCCCUUUCUUGUUGCUGUUUUACAUCUCACCGAGCGUUUCAAAACGUUUUUCUUUUCUCUUCUCUCUUCUCUCUUUUCAUUUUCUUCUUUUCGUUUUCUCUGCAUCGAGAGGUAAGCGUCCACGCCGCACUUCUGCUCCACUUCCGUUGCUCAGCACGUUUCUCGGUGGCCGGGCGACGUCCCCUCUCUUUUUCUGGUUUUCAGCUUUAUGUUUCCUCGCACAGCGCGACAGCAGUCUUUUCUCUUUCCCGAAGCAGCACACCUUGAAGUAUCACUGCAUUACAAAAAAGAUCCGCGAAGAAUCAAACAUAAUACGCGCUGUGUUUUUACAUUUCUUAAGGACCUUCUCGGGCUUCGCACGCAGCACCAACAUCCAUAAACAGCGUCGUGCGUUCAACGCCGUGCUACAACACAAACAACGAAAAAACCAAAGAAAGGAAGCAAAAGGAGAUGGUGAACGUCGCUGGUGCUGCCCCAGCGCGGCAGAAGGUUUUGCACUAUCUAGCGCAGCUGCUGGGUUUCAUCUUUCGAUGAAUAAUAGUAAGAAGCCAACACACAACGUUGCGGUGAAGUUGCCCCUCUCUUCUUUUGAAUAG